CCGAACGUCGCUCUUCAGAUGCUAUGCUCUACGAUCAUGGCUAUACGGAAUGUUUUGUGAGGUGGAGGCUGGCCGCUCUUCACUUACUUCCGUCCUCGAGUCCAGAAUCCGGGUCAUUUGACUGCGAGAUGUCCAAACGACGACUGUCGGAAGUUUCGAAAGGAGAUUUAGUCCGGCGCUUCACAAUGUACGAUUGUUUGUGUUUGUUGAAGAAGGAACGUUUUAAGAUGCAUUUGUCUUUCCGCACUCCACUCUCGCGCGGAUAUCCAUUAAAAAGAUAGUCUAUGGCAGUGACUUUCGCUUCAACGUUCUGCAGGUCCGUUGCGUACGCCUCAUAUUCGUGAAAUACUUUCGUUUUGUACCUUUCUUUCUCCAGUGAGCUAGCGUUGUGCUUCACGCACGUCAGCGCAUUCGAGUAGCGAACUCCGCCGCUCCAAUUUCAGUGUACACUAGGAACGUAUUUCCCGCUCCCCCAACCC